AUGGAUCAAAUCAUCACCGCCUCUCGACCAUCCCCGACUCCAUGCGACCGCGGGAUUUUGGAUGUUUCGCCGACCGCGCGUGCCUCGGCGCGGAGUCACUCCUGGGAAUCGUCGGAUGACCGUAGUAGGGUGUUGAAGCGGUCGCGCACGGACAGCGAGCGGGGGGAUGACGGCGGCAGCAAUGACGGGGAUCUCCCGGCAACCCACCUGAUUCCCGCUAACCAUCGGGCUUUACUUGGACGCAGUGAGUCUGCGGGUAAUAGCAUGGACUCGCAACGCAGCAGCGUGAGAAUCGGCGUUAGAGCGAGCGACAACGAGCGAUUAAGGUGCUCGAGCGAGCCUGCGACUCCCGACGGCGCGCGGCAGCGAGAAGCGGUGCAGGCGGCGAGUCAGGCGGAGUGUGAGCAGGCCAUGGGAGGCGCGGAGGCAGCGGCUGUCGUGAAGGGGUAUGCGACAACGCCGCGCGGCCAGGUUCACUAUCGCAGGUGCGGGUCGGGCCAUCCCGUGGUGUUGCUGCACGACGCGGGGCGCUCGUCCGCCAUGUGGGCGCCCGUCUUGCCGCUGCUGGCGGCGCGCGGAUGCUGCGCGCUGGCCGUGGAUCUGCCGGGGUGCGGCGAGACGACGGCGGCGUGUCGCGACUACAGCAUGCUGGAGAUGGGCGCCAUCGCCGUCGCCGCCGCCAUCAACGUUGGCUUCACGCAGCGCUUCGACCUCGUGCGUGCUCUCUCCUUCGCACGAUUUCUCCUUAUUUCGGUCCAUCUCGCCAUCCCCUGUCGACAGGUGGGGCAUGGAUUCGGGGCGAGCUUGGCGCUGCAGAUGGCGGUCGUGUUCCCCGCGCGGGUGAGGCGAGUGGGUCUGUGGGGCGUCAUGCCGCAGGACGAGCGCGCCAAGCUGCUAGCAGCCGCUGCACAGGCAAUAAGCGCGGGGGGUGGGGAUGGGGAUGGUGCGGCGGCUGCUGCUCCUCAGAGCGUGGUUGCUGUGGCAGUGCAGCAGAUACUGAUGCGGAGUACAGCCCACCAUCCGUCACUUCAUCAUCUCGUUGAAGAGGUAAUGGAGGGCCUUCAGUCGCUGCUGACACGCCACUUGCUCGCCAAGGCACAUGCAGCAGUGCACCACGGGGAACUGCUGGACAAGGUGCAGCAGCCCGUGCUGUGCCUGGCAGGCUGUGACGACCCGUUCCAGUUUGAAACCAUGAUGGCUGCAUCGCGUAUGGGCAAGGGGAAGUAUUACCACAUUAACUCGGCAGGCACUGAUGUGCUUCAGACUCACUCCGAGCAGUAUGUGCAAACGCUGAUGGAGUUCUUAGGGUCGCAAUGA